CUACGUAGUGCGUGACGUCACAAGAUGGCUACACACAUAGUCCCUUCUUCAACAGUUUCACGGAACAGUGCUUGUGAAUAGUCGUUCGGCGAGUUACGCGUCAGUUUAGUAUUAUAGUGAAUGGUGUUCCUGCGUUAGUGUACGUGAUUUGGUUGUUUAGUUUCUGUGCACUAAACUGGUGAUCUGUUUUUCUUUGCUGUGAAAAUUUCGUUGCCUGCAAAAUGCCGUAUCGUUGUUGUGUGCCGAAUUGUAGAGGAAAUUACGACGGUGGACCAAAAGUAACCGUGUUUAAAUUUCCGGAGGAUGAAGCAACGAGGAAGAAAUGGUUGUCACGUAUUCGCAGACAUAACUUCACUCCUUCUUCAAGUUCAAGAGUAUGUCAUGUUCACUUCCACAAGGAUGAUGUUAUUUGGGAAACACAAAUUGUGGAUGAAAGGACUGGUCAGUUAUUAAGAGCCCCCCUUCUCAAACCACGUUUGAGACCACAUGCAGUUCCAUCACUACUCCCAAACUGUCCUUCCUACCUUUCAAAGGAAGAAAGUAGACGUGAAGGGCCAGAGGAGAAAAAGCAAAGGCUUGAAAAUGAGCAGUUAGCUGCAGCGUUACAAUAUAGUUUAGCAUCACAGAAGGACUAUGAAAACACUUUCAGCUUCAGUUCUUUAGAAGAGUUGAUGUUGCGUACGAAGGAAGUGGAUUUGCCCAACGAGUGGACGGAUCUGCGAAGCAUCCCGUCCUAUGGAGCCGGGCGAAAGCUGUCGGUGGAGGAGGCGGCCGCGGCGUCGCGAGGUGACAGGUUUGCCGUCUCGGCCAGGAGAGCGGCGGCAGCCGGGCACGGCCACGCCAGGCCAGGUGUCCGCAAGAAACACGCCGAGGAGCGGGUCGGCCGCUCGCGCCGUGUCGCUGCGCCGCACCUCACACCUCGCGGCGGCCGCGCACCGCAGCCGGACAGCCGGACUGGUUCUGCGGCGCAAAAACCCGGUGGUCUGAGCGCCGCUGCCGCCGCCGUGUCGCAGCCUCCGGUUAAACGUUCCGAGGGGAAAGCCGAGCCGCUCGAGAAAUCCCUGCCCCAGCACAGUGUCAACACGACUGUCACUGCCGAGACCAGGUCCCGCUACACAGCUCGCAACAACUUUUGGUACGGCCCUGCAUAA